GCCGCUGCUCCGGUCUCUCACCAGACAGGCACCGAGGCUAAGGGCAUCUUCACUAGAGGAAACAUUGUUGCUUCUCAGAACCAGUUAAGGGCCACUAGAAGUGCCUCAGUCAAAAGCAAAAUUAUGAGCUCACAGAUUGACUCCUCUGACAGAACAGAUGCUUCAGUCAGUGGCCACGUUAAUGACUGCCAAAGUGAACACACUAAAACUAGAUUUAAGUCAAAGAACAGGAAAACUCGGGGCUACCAAUGUGAACAAGGUAGAACUAUAAAUGCCAACCAAAAUGAACACGACAGAAGUAUAAAUGCCAAUCAAAAUGAACAUGGCAGAAAUAGAAAUGCCAACCAAAAUGAACAUGGCAGAAAUAGAAAUGCCAACCAAAAUGAACAUGGCAGAAAUAGAAAUGCCAACCAAAAUGAGCAUGGUGAAACUAGAAAUUCCAACCAAAAUGAGCACGGUGGGGGAAAAAAUGCAAACCACAGUGAACAUGGCGGAAGUAGAAAUGUCAAUCAGAGUGAACUCAAUAGAACUAGGAGUGAUUCUAAAAAAAGGAAAACUCGUGGCAACCAAAUUGAACACAGUAGAACUAGAGCUACUGACCAAAGUGAACUUGAUGAAAAUAGAAAUGCCAAACUAAGUGGCUGCAGAAGUAAAAAUGCCAAUGAUCCUGAACACGGUAAAGGUCGGAGCGAUCCAGGAAAAAAAAUGACUGGUGACUUUUGUAGUGAACACACUAACACUGAAGGUACCUCUACAGAAAGCAAGUAUUCUGGCUGUCAAGGGAAACACAUGGUAGCCCAGAGUGCUACUGUCACGAGCAAACAUGAUUUUGCCAGUCCAGUUCAGGGUCCCUUCUUGACCAGAACAGUUCAUGGAGCCCCAGAUCUGGGAACAGGAAAUCAGGGUGGGCCUGGAGGAAGGACAGUGGACAGGCCUGCUGGUGAGGGAAUCAAAACUAAGAAGCGUAGGAAAAGAAAACGUCACGCCUCUGAAAGUGAAACUAAUUGUACCUCAAACAGAAGCCGUGAGAAAACAAAAGCUGGGGAUGUGUUUCUGCACAAGAAGGAAGACUCCAGAACAAAGGAACAGUCUUCUCUGGAAGAAGGGGAGAUCAUUGAUGGAGGGAGUUCUCCUCUUGUUAGAUGCCAGGCACACAGGAAGAGGCGGCGCCACAGUUACAAGGCACAUGAUAAUGAAUCCAUGACAACAAGCGCACCUAAAAAGUUUACAGGCAAAGUAGAAAUAGUUCGUCAAAUUACCGACACACCACGAGGAUGGCAGACAGUCAGGCAGGCACGUAGGCAAGCUGGGGGCAUGGAAAUAAAGGUCAUGUCUUACAACAUCCUGUCCCAGGAUCUGAUGAACAAACACAUGUACCUGUACAGCAAGUGCCGGAACCAGGAUCUGAAGUGGGACAACCGUGGGGCCGCUCUUCUCACCCAGAUCAUUGCUCAUGGUGCUGAUAUUGUUUGUCUGCAGGAGGUAGAGAAGGAUCACUGGCUGCAGGACAUCAGGGACACGUUAGCAGAGCAAGGCUAUGCUGGGGUCUACAAGAAGCAGAGCGGAGACAACACUCAUGGCUGUGCUAUUUUGUUUCAAACCAGCAAAUUCAAGCAGCUCAAGAGCAUCCCCGUUGAGUUCAUGAAAGGAGGAAUUCUCGACCGACACAACGUCGGUCUCAUCCUGCUGCUGCAGCCCCGCCAGCACGUCUAUGGGGGCCAGGUCAAAAAGAUCUGUGUGGCCACCACCCACUUGCUGUUCAACCCUCGCCGUGGGGAUGUCAAGCUGGCUCAGCUGAUGGUGCUCCUGGCUGAGAUAGACAAGCAUGCAUACCUGGAUGACCAGCCUGGCAGAUGCCCAGUUAAUGACUCCAGUAAACUUGACCAAGAAUCUCAAAGUGGUGGCCCUGGCUGUUCUCUGCAGUUUGACCAGGGUGCUGCAUCUUCAUAUGAAACACAACAGGAGAAUGUUUCAGCCCGUUACUGCCCCAUCAUUCUCUGUGGUGACUUUAACAUGGAACCUCUGUGUGACCUGUAUCAGUUUAUCACCAACGGCUACCUGAAGUAUGACCAGCGUAUUGCCAGGCUGGUCUGUGGGCAGGAGGAGGGUCGAUGGGGCGGCACAGACAGACUGGUGGACAGCAAGCUGCUGCCUUCAGGCCUCGACAUCUGUGAGACCUGUCAGUACCUGCAUGUUCUCAAGGAGCGGUGGAACAGAGGUGGAGUCAGUCAGAGCCAGCCACUUCCAAGUGUUAACUCGGGUCAAGUGUGGCACAGUAUGAACUUUCAGUCUGUCUACACCCAUUUUUUGGGUAAGGGUUAUCGAAAUCGGGAGAUCAGCACCCACCACAACAACAGUUCAUGUACCGUUGACUACAUCUUCUACUCACAGACUGCGACCAGACACCAGCGUCACGCUCACGGGACUGGCUCCAACAACAGUGACAGUACAGUUCAGGUUGAUGGCAGUCAGUUGGACACCCAGCCCGAUGACAGUGUCAGGAACAGAGACAUUGCUGCUGCUGUAAUUGACACUGACAUGGGCAAAGACACAGUUAAAGAACCUCUGGAACUUAUAGCCAGGUACAGGCUUUUAAAACAUAAGGAGGUCACCAAAUUUGGUUUCAUGCCAAAUUCAGUUUUUCCUUCUGACCAUUUGUGCCUCAUUGCCAAAUUUUUGUUGCAGUAA